AUGACGAGGCUCAAACUGGAUCAAUGGGAAGGGCGAUGGUUGUUUUCGCGCGGAGCAACGAAAGCUACACAUAGGACCGAAGGUCGCUCCAUGACUGAGCUUACUGAAGCGUUAGCAGAAGUUGAUGGUCUGCUCGCUGGUAUCAACUAUCUGGAAAAAUUGGAACCUGAUUCCGAGGAGACUCGUUCCAAUUCUGCUCGGAACGGAAAUGCAAGCGAUUCUUUCCCAUCAAAUCCAGCGACAGCCUCUUGGUUCGGACAUCUUGCUUUUGAUCUACUGGGCUCGGGUUCAGAGGAGCGUUCCGAGAUCGAACCAAGACACCUUCGAAAUAUUUUGAAUGAAAAAUUGGUCCAAUCGAAUGAUGAGCCGCACCAAGCACCUCGUGAAUCUCAAUGGGCUACCAUUCGCAGUUUACGAAAGGCAUCCUUGCUCCACUACAACCAGUUCGCAAAGUUGACUGCCGACUCAACAAAUCCUGACAUCCGAAAGCUGAGGAAGUCUUGUGUUACUGCGAAGAAAUUACUAGAAAUGGGGAUAUUGACUUUCCGACAAGUCCUCCAUGGCCAGACCCCAACAACCCUCGUGGACAUCUUCGCCUUUGCAAGUCUGUCUUAUGUGAUAUCGAAGACUUUACAUGCCAGGGGCCACAUUGACGAGACCGAUAUUCUCUCUGGCAUCUUGGACUGGCGAGCCGCUAUUGUUGAUGACAGGGAGAGGCCUACUUUCGACGAGAUCGCCAAACAACUGUGGCCCGAGGCAAAGGAAAUCAUGCAUUUCAUUCCACUCGAGAGAACCGCAACGAGUCAAGAAACGGCUGGCUUGAGGCCUGAUGAGAACGAAACGAGGUUAUAUCCCGAUUUUAACUUUUCCGAUUUUUCGUCUUCAGAUUGGUUCAAUCAUGACAGUGCUGUUCUGGAAGGUACAAUGGAUUCAACUUUCUACCAAACCCUGGCACCGGAUAUUUUCCCCGGGGUUCUCAAUACAUCGCAGACGGCAGGUUUAAUUGGCACGGAAUUGCAUCCCAUCGAGCCAGAGAGUUCUCCACUCCAUGGUAUUGAGGAACCUUCUCCAGUUGAGCAGAUAAGCCCACCAACAGAUGACUCUGCCCUCCACCUUCUAGAAACCCCAUUGUUUCAAGCAGUUUUCCGCUUCAUGAUUCAGAUUUCUGAGAUGGGAGAUCUACUGAAUGUACUUUCGGGAGGUGGGUUGACGUCUGAAAAGGACGGCAUUAAGCCCCCUCAUUCAAGACCGCCCUGGGUAGCUUCGGAAUUUCUUAUUCAAGCCUCUCGACACUUUUUGGGGCCCCUACAUCGCGAAGCAGUUCAUAUCGAUAAGACUUUCGGUGGAAUCGUUGCUAUGGCGGAGAUGUUUGUCAAGCUUGGUUGUCUCCAGACAGUGAGAGAAGUUGAAAAUUACAUCAUCACGGUUGGUCGACAUCUAACCCAUUCCUAUGACUCAUUUGCGACACUAGUUUCCAAAACUCUUAGCCAGUGUUUUGUUGCCUCCCGAACAAUGGGGUGGGACCUCCUCUAUCCCAAUUACGUUCAAGAAGCCGAUGAAUACACAUUCCCGUAUCUCAAUAGAAGGCAAAGAGGAGAGACCAAGUGGGCGGAGUUCGGGUUUGGCCGCCAGGGUCUAUCGGAAGCAAUGUCGUCUCCUACCUCAUCAACGAACGAAAAUCCCCAAAAGCGUUCGCCCAGCCCAAAGAAACGUCCUUUGCAAGACGGGGCGGAUUCAGCUACGAAGCGCCGCCCUCGAGAUAUGUCUAUCGCGCCUUCUCAGAGUUCGCCUUCAGGCUCCGACACGUCGAUUAUCGAGCGUUGCACUUUUGAAAACUGUCCCAAAUAUUAUACCGGCACGGCCGCCCUAAGCAACCUUUCUCGACAUGUCCGAACCAAGCAUCGGAAGAAGAAGAAUACCUUCAUAUGUCCAAUUUGUCGCAAGGAGACGGAUCGCCGAGACAAUCUACGUCAACAUUUCAUUAAUGUCCAUGCCAACGUUGAACAACCGGAUUGUAUUGCGAAUAGAAGCCGGGGCCUCCAAGAUGCUCGAAGCACUAACUAGUGGUCUUUCCUACAAUAUCUUUCCUUUUCUUUCCUUAGGAAAAUCUUUACACUCUCACUUAAAGUUUCCAAGUCGGGGGGAGGGGCUUUUUUUGGUUUCUAGUGCCGCAUUUCUUAGAGUUACAGUUUAUUACCUUGCUUUGAUAAAUGGCGUUAAAUCCCAAAGGUUGUCACGCCACAUAACAGGCUGCAACUACACUCCUCUACUGACGGUAAAUACUCGGAGGAAAGAGGCAGAUAAUGAAGUUUAGCGAUUGAAGUCGGAGUUGGAGUUGGAGUUGGAAAUAUUUAUUAUUCCUCUUUUGUUUUGGUAUGCACGCCUUCGCUUGCAAAGCAAGAUCCUAUUUAAUUUAUUUACUCUAUUAAGAUGUAAAUGUCCACAAGAAUCAAUGCUGC